AUGUCUGUCAAAGUCGCUGUUAGAGUCAGACCAUUCAACAAUCUUGAAAUUCAGUAAAAUCAACCGUUGUGUAUUGCUAUGAAUGGAAGUAAGACCAUACAUUUUGAUUCCACUCAAACAAAAGAAUUUGAUUUUGAUUAUUCCUUUUGGUCUCAUGAUGAAUUUGAAGUUGACGAGAAAGGUUAUCGUAGGCCUCUUCCAAACUCAAGAUAUGCUGAUUAAAAAAUGAUAUUCAAUACUGUUCAUUAAGAUACAAUACCUCAACUUUUUUAAGGGUAGAAUUGUUGCGUUUUAUCUUUUGGAUAUAAGCGAUCUGGCAGGUCUUAUACGUUAUCAGGGACUCCUGAAAAUUAAGGAUUGAUUUAAAAUUUUGUAAAAGAAAUUUUUCAAUAAAUAGCGGAAAAAUAAAAUAUUACAACUAAGUAUGAAGUUUACACCAGUAUGCUCUUUAUCUUCAAUGAAAAAAUAUAUGACUAGCUCUCUCCAACUGAUACCUCGGAGCUAAAAAUAAGAGAAAAUGAACUUUAAGGUGUUUUCGUCGAAAACUUAACUAAAGAAUUGGUUGAUUCACCUAAAAGUUUUGAUGUACUUAUGAAUAAAGGAAUUCAUAAAGCAGAGAAAUAUUUAUUUAAGAUGAGUUAUGUUCUUUCAUACGCAAAUAUAAUCUUCAAAAUAGAAAUUAAGGAAACCAAAACCUUGGGUGAUUAAAAAGUAGAGAAUUUCUAUCUCAUAAAUUUUGUAGAUCUUGUCUGUUCAGAUAGAAUGGAGAAAUAAAAGGAUUCUAAUAAAAAUAUCGGCACAUAAUUAUCAACGCUGGGAGAGGUUAUUUGUAAAGUAUUAUUACUUUCCCAACCACAAGAUUAAAAGAUUUUUGUCCCUUACAGAUGCUCUAAAUUAACCAGAUUUUUACAAAAUACAUUGAAUUAAAAAUCUAAUAUUUUUCUAUUUUUAUCGAUUAGUCCAGCCAUUGAUAAAAUUCAACAAACAUUGUCUAGCCUUAAGUUUGCAAAUAAAAUUAUGAAGAUUAAGAAAAAUAUUAUCAAUAAUAUUAAGGUAUCUGAGAACCAACAAAUUCUAGAGGUAAAUGAAGCAUAAAUUUAAACAUAAACAAAAAUAAUUUAAAGCAGUAUCAAAUAAUAGAUAGAAAAUACAGAAGAGUAAGAGUCAAAUCAAAAUACAUAAUAUUUUUAACAAUUUGAUAAUUCUGAGGCGAUACAAAGUGAUACAAAUAUAAAGUACUAAGCCAUUAUUUCAACCAAAGACGGAAUUAUUGAAUUGUAGCCACUUUCUUAGGAAUCCUGUGAAUAAAUUUUUAUCAAUAAUCAUCAAGUAAAAGAAUUGACAAAAUUAUCUCAUGGUGAUAGGAUAAGUUUUGGAAACGCAACAUCUUUGCUUAUAUAGUAUAGUGGAACAGAGAUAGCUUAAACUGAAUCAAAAUUAACUUUGACAUAAAAGGAUACAAUAGAUGUAUCAGAAGAUAAUCAAAUAAUUUAAGAAGAUAACAAAAGUGUAAAAUUUGACUAGAAUUGA